UGCCGGUUAUCGGAAUUUCUCUCUUCACGAGCUGUCACGCUGACAGCUCAGGGGACAUGUACACUGAUCAUCAGGGCACUGAGGAUCAGUGUGCUCUGAUGAUCAGUGUAGCCCCAACAGUGCCACAUGUCAGUGUCCAUCAAUGCCACCUGUCAGUGCUCAUCAAUGCUAACUGUCAGUGCCACAUCAAUGCCACAUACUAUAUGAGUACCUACCAGUGCACAUCAAUGCCACAUGUCAGUGCCCAUCUGAGCUGCCUAUCAGUGCCAGACAGUGCC